UAAAGUUAGUUGGCUCAACACAAAUUGAAUUUUCAACAUAAAUUUCAACAAAUUAAGUGGACUGAACUUAAUUUUUAUUGUAAGUACAAUUCAUGGUGUCAUAAUUUUAUUAAGUUAAACCAACAAGCAAUAUUUUUGAUGUGGUUAAUGUUUUUCAUUGUUAUAGUAAACUGAAGUUUAAAAAUUGUAUUUUUAAAGUAGCAUUUUCAGAUCACUUUUUAAUUAUUACAUUUUAAAAUAUUUGUAUUAUUUAUUUUGUGGCAAAUUAAAACUUGCCCAGGGCACCAACAGAACCUGGGCUGACCACAUGACACGUAAGAGGUAAUGAUUAAAGAAUAAGAGAGGAGGAGAACAGAACUUAUGCCAAAACAAAUAAAUGAGUAAUUAAAAUUAAUGUAUAUAUUAAUGUAAUAUAUAUAUUCGUCGGCAAUACUACAGAUACAAGAAUGAUUGUCUUCAAGAGACUGCGACGUCAAUACAUCAUCUUAUUUCUGAGUUUAAUAACGAUCUGUUUACUUGUCUAUAUCAAAACCUCACAAAACAUGGUCUUGAAAAGGCUGUGUUCUUGUAAGACUUGUGUAAUGGACUUUAUGGAGGAUGAGUGGGUCGUUUAUCAUUUCAACCCCAAGGUUCCACCUAUACUCAACAGGAAAAACAGUGAGCUACACCAAGACAUCUACAAUUGGUGGAUGGGGUUGCAAUAUUCAGCAAAGAAAGUCAACUACACAGAAGUGGUGGACCAGCUGUUUUCACUUUUCCCAGAUAAAGAACACUUCUCAGAUGGUGGUCCAGAUCGCUGCAGAACCUGUGCUGUGGUGGGGAAUUCUAGGAACCUUCUGGGAUCCCAUUAUGGGACUCUCAUAGAUAUCCAUGAUGUUGUCUUUAGGAUAAAUGAAGGUCCAACAAAAGGCUAUGAGAGGGAUGUAGGUUCUAAGACCACUCACCGGAUUCUUUAUCCCGAGAGCGCUGUGGAUUUGGACAACUCCACCCACCUAGUGCUUUUUCCUUUUAAAAUCAUGGACAUGAAGUGGCUCAUAAGUUCCUUCACCACCAGAAACAUCACACGCACAUACAUUCCAGUGAAACCUUUCAUACAUGCAAAUAAGCAUAAGGUGAUGAUUCUCCAUCCUGGAUUUAUAAAAUAUGUUCAUGAGAGAUGGCUGCACCGUCAUGGCAGAUAUCCAUCCACUGGCUUUGUUACAUUAAUCUUUGCUUUGCACGUAUGUGAUGAGGUGAACGUUUUUGGAUUUGAAGCUUCAAGUGACGGAACGUGGCACCAUUACUUUGACGAAACUAAUAAUCACUAUAAUGGAGGCCCUCAUGGUGGAGACUUUGAAAACAAAACAAUGCAUCAACUUCUUCAGAGAAAAAAGAUUUCAUUGUAUAAAGGAUUUACACUGUAAGCCCGGAUAAGUUGAGUUUACUUAAAAAAAUGACGCAAACUUAAACAUAAAAUUGUUGUUAGAACAACUUAUAAGUUGAAUAGACGUAAUGUUUUAGUUUCCUUUAAUAUUCCUGCACUGUUAACCUGGAUAAGUUGACAUUAUUAGAAAUUUGCGAGGAAACCCCUUGCGUUUUACCACUUUAUAUUACUUUUUAUGUUAUAAAUGGUAUUAUAGAACAAAAUUAAUGACUGACUUUAACUUCCAAAAACAUUGAAUAAAUGUGAUUCUCCACAGAAACGCACACAAAACUGUGUUUUUGACAUACAUUGUCAGUACUGUGCAGAGAAAUACAAUAAAAUGUUCUGAACAGGGUUCAUGUACGGAAACACUGAUCACCUGAAAGAUGACUUCACAAAAUUAUAAAAUACAACAAAACAACAUCAAUAAUAUAAGAGUUUGAACCUAUAUGACAUCAAAAUAUACAUGCGCAAAGGAUUAUGGGUAUUCCUCACAACAUGAACUAAUAAUUUUAAGUAAAUUUUACUUGAAUGUUUUAGUUUAAUGGAUUUUAAUGGACUAAACGUUUCAAAACACAAAAUAUUAAGUCAUGUUUACUUCAUUGUUUAAGUAAAGACAAUAUCUGGGUUAACAGUGUAAGAAAGGCAUAUAAAUGUGUUUUGGCAAUGUGUUAACACUAUAUUCUGCCUCUUGGUAAUAUUUAAAUAAUAAAUAUGGUAUUCAAUUCCAUUGCUACGCAUAUGACAGUCAACUCUACAUGUCCUUCAAAUCCACCUUUCCUCCUUCUAUCCUCUCAGACUGUGAAGAGUGGUUCACGUAAAGCUUUCUUAAAUUAAAUUGUGGUGAAACUAAGAUCCUGUUAAUCCAAAUGUUCCUUUGUGAUUUUUGAUGAUUCACUAGUACCUGUCUCAGGUUAAAACCUUGGGUGUCAUAUUUGAUAGUAUCUAUCUUGUCAUUUAAAAUAAUUAAAAGUGCAUGUUUGAGCUGUCAUACUGUAACUCAAAACAGCUUGAAUUGACAUACCUUACUAAAAUAUAUCAAUGCCAUUGUUUUGUCUCAAGAUGCACGCCAGUAAUGUUUUGCAUGAUAUGUUUAUAAAAAUGAAUAACUAAGUCCUGAAAUUGAUCUAAAUGUUUUGUGGCCAUGGUCCUUGAUUUCUGUA